AUGAUCUUAGGAGGGAACGAGAUUAACUGGGUCACCUUUUCAGCAGCAAAGAAGAUGAAAGUAUCAAUAACGUAUAGCAAAAGGCUUUGGGAAGACGAUAUCACUUUUACGGAAGAAGACGCAAACGGAUUGUUGCUACCACACAACGACACAUUGGUAAUUUCUUUAAAUAUGCUAGAUUCUAAGAUUAAACGUGUUCUAAUGGAUCCAGGAAGUUCAGUUAAUAUCAUACAAUUGAGAGUAUUGGAGCAAGCUAAACUCAUCGGAAGUAUUAUUUCAGCCACAAAGCUCCUCGCCGGAUUCAACCUCGCAAGUGUGAUAACCCGGGGAGAAAUUUUAUUAGUCACGAACGCUGAAGGAAUAAUGAAAAUAACUCUUUUCAAAUUAGUAGAUGGUGAUAUAGGAUACAACAUCAUUCUGGGAAGGGCAUGGUUGCACGAGAUGAAAGUUGUACCAUCAACGUAUCACCAAUUGCUAAAGUUUCCAACUCCCGAAGGAAUUAAGCAGAUAAGGGGUGAUCAACCGGCGGCAAGGAAGAUGAAUGCAAUUUUGGUCUCCAGUAGCAAAGGAAAGGAACACGCGUCAUAG